CGUUGCUUGUCGGUGAAUAUUAACAAACAGCAUUGUCUACGAAUAAGCCAAAGGACCAACUUGUUUACACGCGACUGAAGGGGAGAGGGGGGGAGGAGGUGAGUGCUUAGUAUAUAAAGUACAGAAGGCAGACGUGGAGCCACUGACAGAACAGAGCAAGUGGUAUGCUUUUGCGCUCCUUCGUAAAGAGGUAACUUGUAUCCAAACUUACGCAGUUGACACUGUGUCGCUUUUUGGAACGUUUUCCUUGACCAAGGAAUAUUCCAUUUUGUGAAAAAGUUAUUCUUUCUGGACUGAAGAAAGAUCAAGAUGGAUUUAAGAAUAUUUUUCUCCGUGUUGUCAAUUGUGUACUCUGGAAUUGUACAAACAGUUACAUCUGCCCCUAUGGGAAAAGAAACAGCGGUAGCCACCCCAGCCUCCCCGGUGCCAGUGCGCCACAUCAGGAACAAGCGAUGCUCCUGCGCAACGUUCCUAGACAAGGAGUGCGUUUACUUCUGUCACCUGGACAUCAUAUGGGUCAACACGCCUGAGCGCGUGGUUUCCUACGGACUGGGCAACGCAUCUAGAAAGAAGCGCGCAAUCAAGGAUCCCGAGGUCUCCCAACGGGACCCUCGAUGUAAGUGCGUCAGCGAAGAUGACGGCACGUGUAUAAGAUUCUGUCAGAUGGAAAAUCACCUCAGAUACGGGACAGCAGCCUUGAUCCAUCCCGAGUCAGACACAGUGAUCCGUCGCGUGCCAGACACCGUGAUCCGUCCCGUGCCAGACACCGUGAUCCGUCCCGUGCCAGACACCGUGAUCCGUCCCGUGCCAGACACCGUGAUCCGUCGCGUGCCAGACACCGUGAUCCGUCCCACCCUUGCUGAGUAUGCUUGGAGGCGGCAGUGCAAACUCAAGCUGGCAGCCAAAACGUCUAGGAUUCAAAGGGUGAAACACAGAGACCACAAAGCAGUUGGCCCCUCAGCUCUAAGGGCCACAGUCAAAGCUUGCCUGCUGCUGGAGAAGUGGACGGUGAAACAACGACACAAGCCAAGAGAAGGGAGAUGAGAAGAGAGAUGAGGAGAGAGAUGAGGAUACACAGGCGCACCUUGUGGGAGAUGUCCACAUACUCUGUCACACUCACAGAGGGUAGAGAUCCAUCCAUCUCUUUCUAUCCACCUGCCAUUGGGGACUCAUAUGCUGUGGUCCCUGGAGAUGCAUUGGAUUCUCCACAGGAAGCCUGCCACUGGACCCCCAUGUUGGCUCAAUGGUGUGCGUCAUGAAAGGGGAUGAAUGACUGUGCUGGUGGGUGCCGCGUCCAGUCUCUCCACUGAACGUGUCCCUCUUCAUCAGUGAGAUGCAGACGGUCGGAGAUACAAGCAGGAGAAAUCAGAGGAACAGGUGUCAACGUUACUGACACCACAUCCUGAAGACAAGGAUGGACACUUGAUGGUCCUCCCAUGUACUGUCUGUGGACACACCCUUUGGACUUCAACUGCAACCUUCAAACAGAGCUUCAGAUCAUAUCUGAUGACUUGAAUGACUGAAACUUGAAUCUCUACAUUCCUUUGACUGUCACUGGGUUUGAGACACCGGGCUACUUCACACAACGGCGUCAGAAGCACUGUUGCUGCUAGCCUGUCCAAAGCUCUUGUGUCUGCUCUUUUCAAGAACAUGUUGGAUUCAAAGAAGAUCACAAUCUCAUAGACUUGUUGAAUUGACUCUAUGGCCCGGCAUAAGUAACUCAACAGAUUGAUUCCAGGUGUUGUCAUAGUUUGACGGAGGUUUCUCACCUUUGACAGACCUAACCUUUCCAAAUGAUUCAUUAGAACUUGGGAGUUUUCUGCUAAUAUUGAUUUCUGUCUCUGUUUGUCUGAGAUUUCUCUAUACACAUUGUAUAAUAUUGAAUCACUAUAUAUUUAAUACACAUUGUAUAAUAAUGAAUCACUAUAAAUGUAAUACACAUUGUAUAAUAAUGAAUCACUAUAAAUGUAAUACACAUUGUAUAAUAAUUCAUCACUAUAUAUGUAAUACACACUGUAUAAUAAUUAAUUAUUAUAUAUUUAUACACAUUGUAUAAUAAUUCAUCACUAUAUAUUUAAUGCACAUUGUUCUGUCCCUAUGUCUUAUUUAUUGCAUUCAUUUAUAGUCAUAUUGGCCCAUGAUAUGAUAAUAUGUUGUAUGUCAUUUCUGUGAAAUCAUUUUGUCGCCAAGAUAGUUUUGGCAAAACUUAGGGAAAUAAAUUGUCACACUUAU